CCUGUCUUAGCAGCCAGCGGCUCUAGCAGGCUGCUAAUAACAUUGCCAGAUUAGCUGCAACUUCUUGCUCCCAGCCUAACCUUUUAUUGAACUAAUCCUACAUUCGAGUUUUCUUUUUUUCCUCUUCUCUAUUUUAUAUAGGAACGGUUUAGAAACCAUCAGUUCCGGGUGCUAUUUUCUUUUCUUUAAGGAAAGAGCUGGGGGGAAGGGUAAAUGCGGCAGGUUGGAAUAUGCAAUUAUAGUCUCUUCCUUAGCAAGCAGACCAGCCUCCUCCACCAAAAAAUUGAAGUAGAAUAAGGUCGGGGAUUUGCUCCUUCGUCUCCCCCAAAAGUACGUUUUCCUUCCUGAGUGAAAGGCAAAUCUUUCGGUUUCUGCACACACUCGAACGCUGUGUGAUUCUGCCCGUUUUGUUCUAGGGCUGCACAAAACGGCGCGCGGGGGCUUGGUUCGUUCCUGCGAAAAGAGCAAGUUUUAAGCAAGCUCAGCUCAGAAACUAAUUUUGUCCGUGCUUUAAAAAAAAAAACCUAAAGACGGGACACAGAAAGUCCGCCGCAGGCGAAACUGCCGCAGCGGCUGCUAACUGCUGAUCUAAUCUUUCCGAGUGGUGGAGGGGCUAGAAAGGGAGGACUUGGAGCUUAGGCGGCAGCCCGCUGCAUUAGACUUUAUUUACAUACACAAAUCGCAAUAUACCGAGCCUGCCUGUGCUUGAGGGCUGCACGCUUGCGAAAGACUCCUCCUAGGUUGGAGAACCCGGGAGAGCGGCGAAAGGUUGGUCGAUGACUUUCCACGGGCGGAUCAGCGUGUGGCUGAAGUCUCGGGGAGCUUGGCACCGUUGGCUGAACCAACAGCAUCUGAUUGCUCCGGGGAGACCUUCCCGGGUGUGUUUGAGUGCUCCUCCGACCCGGCCCAUCGUGGACAUGUCCUACUCGCGUCACUUUAUGGAUUUCCAGGGCUCGUCCAUUCCCACUUCCAUGAAGAAACUGGUAGCGACUAAGCUGAAUUCAAACUUCCGAGAAGCUGUUUCUCUUCGCCACGACGCGCCCGUGCCGCUCCCGGGAGACGGCGAUCUGCUUGUUAGAAACAGAUUUGUUGGCAUUAAUGCAUCUGAUAUUAACUACUCAGCUGGCCGGUACAACAUUUUGGUUAAGCCUCCAUUUGAUGUAGGUUUUGAAGGGAUUGGUGAAGUGGUGGCCUUGGGCUUAAGUGCAAGUGCAAAUUACACUGUAGGCCAAUCUGUGGCCUAUGUAAGACCAGGAGCUUUUGCUGAAUAUACAGUUGUGCCUGCUAAAGAAGCCAUUCCAGUACCUUCUAUGAAACCAGAGUUUCUGACUCUUCUGGUAAGUGGAGCUACAGCAUAUAUUAGUCUGAAAGAACUUGGAGAAUUGUCUGAAGGAAAGACAGUUCUGGUGACAGCGGCAGCUGGAGGCACUGGCCAGUUUGCUGUGCAACUUUCAAAGAAAGCAAAAUGCCAUGUAAUAGGAACUUGCUCCACUGAUGAAAAAUGUGCUUUUCUGAAAUCUAUUGGCUGCGAUCGACCAAUCAACCAUAAAACUGAAAAUGUUGCUGCUGUCCUCAAAAAUGAGUACCCCAAAGGUGUGGAUGUUGUGUAUGAAUCGGUUGGUGGAGAAAUGUAUGACUUGGCUAUCAACUCCUUGGCUAUCAAAGGUCGCCUGAUCAUUAUUGGGUUUAUUUCUGGUUAUCAAACACUUACUGGCCUUCCACGAAGUCACACAGAAAUGCUACCAGCAAAGUUGCUUAAAAAAUCAGCUAGCAUCCGAGGUUUCUUCUUAAACCAUUACUUUUCUGAUUACCAAAUGGCUAUGAAACACUUGGUUGAAAUGUGUGAAAAGAGAGAAAUUGUUUGUGAGGUGGACUUUGGAGACCUGUCUCUAGAGAACAAGUUUACUGGCUUAGAGUCAGUGUUCCGUGCUAUAGAUUAUAUGUACAUGGGGAAAAACAUUGGAAAAAUUGUAGUUGAAUUACCUCACUCUGUCAACAGUAAGCUGUAAAAACAGAACAAUGACAUAAAUCAAAACAGAGCAAAUGGGCAUUUUAUGCUUGGCGAUAAUGCUUUAAUUUCUUUAAAGCUGGCAACGGGUAACAUAUUAAAAUAGCAAAACAGUAUUUUGAUUUGUUUAAGAGGUUUUGUGGGGUUUAAAAAUGCAGCUUGUAGCUGGUAUUACAUUUACUUCCACAUUUUUUAGUAUGGAGAUUUUCAAUUUCCAACUUUCAGUGGAUUUGAAUAUAAUUCUAGGCAAGUGCAAAACUGUUACAAAUUGAUGUCAUACCUCUCUUCUGGAACUCAGUGUGUGAAGGCAUAUGGAGCUGCAAUCUUACGCAGUUUGAAUAAGAUGAAGCCCAUUGUCCUUAAAAUGGCUUAGUAGCCACUUUAGUAGACAUGCUUAGGAUUAAGCAGCAAUCCUAUAUGCAUUUUACACAGAAAUAUGCCCUACUGAUUUUCAGAUUGAUUAUGCCUAUAAAUGUCUAUAUGGGACUGCACUAUUAAACUAUAUUUGAGAUUUGUUAUACAUACAAUUUGGGAUACAUACAAUCUGCAAAGACGUGGUAACAAUGACACUAAACGUUUUUUUUACAAAGCUUAUUCUAUAUAGUGCAUUUUUAUUCUAGUAUGAACAUGUAUGUUCUUUUUACACGAGUGUUGAAAAUGAUUUUUUUUUCCUUUUGAAUCAACUUUGCCAGCUUAUUUUAAUUUUUUAUUAUAUUUUGGGACAUUUGGUUAUCUUAUAAAAUUAUAUUUGAAAUGUUAUCUUGCCAUUGCACUCAUUUAUAACUAGAACUUUUCUAAUGUUAUCUAACUUUUUAACAUUUUGUUGAAGAUAAAUAAUCCAGAAAUUUUCAGAUUAAUGAAAUGCACUAGAAGAUAUAUACUGUAUCUCUGAAAAUGGAAAUGGUACAGAUUAAAAUGUUGGAUUAGAAUGUCAACAGUAUAUAGAAUAUAUUUGGCAUUGUAAUCAAAUGUCAUUUCUGUAAGAGAUCAUAUUGUACAAUUCUGACUAUAAAUAUUAAAAUUAAUUUUUUGCAGUUAAUUUUUUUCAGCAUGGUUCAGCUAUCCAGUUUUUUCUCCUUUUGUUCAACAAUGUGAUCUCAUGCUUGAUUUAUUCGGCUAAAAGUUCCAUUGGGACAUAAACUUUUUUGAACUUAACAAAACUUGUAUCUAGGUAGAUAUAAAUAGAACUGAGCUGUUAAUAAUUGCCUUUGAAAUGCAUUUUUUAAAAAAAAUCAUUUUACAAGUAAAGCUUUCUAUAGUCACCUUAGUUCUAUUCAUUUUGUAUUUCCUAUUUGGGAUUUGGGAAAGGCAAACAUGUUUGAUUUCCAAGUGCAUCAAUAUAUGUACUGAUUUAAAACAAAGUUGAUUUUUUUUCAGAAACUUCAAAGAUGACAAAAAUAUGAUAUAUUUUAAAAAUCCUAUAUUGAUUUCCAGUUCUUGGCUCUUUUACUUUUUUAAGAAUUUGGACAAUUGGAAACAAGUUUUAAGAAGUAUAAAGCAUUUUUUGAGUAGGGGCUCGAUUUAAAUUUACAGACAGCCCCUAAACCAACUAAAUACCAUUGUAUCGAUGGGAUUAAAAUGAUUUGUACCUAAAUACUUCAGUUACUAAGUUAGUUUUGGAUUGAGCUGGUAAUUUUUUUUUGUUAAACUGUAACUGAAGUAAAUUUUGGAUAUUAUCAGCUGAAAUUUUUAUAGAAACACUGUCAUCAUAAUUUUAUUUGAUUAUUUGAUUCGAUCAAAAAAAUUGAAACUUCAGAAUAAUAUUCAGUUUUAGACAUGAACAACUCAUGCUAAGUAUUUGUAAUCCAGGUCUGUUAUGAGUCAUUAUAUAUUAAUGCUAAUGUCUAAAUAUCAUAUUUUUCAAAUUGCUUAUCUAUGCACAUAAAUCUAUGCACAUGUGCAAAUACAUGCACAUGUAUUUGAAUCUCAAAAUUAAUUUUAAGGGCCUAGUUAUAAACAAUAUUUACAUGCAUACCAUAAAUCCUAAUUUUAAAAAUAAGAUUUUUUGAACCACUGAUUACAAAGAAAUUACUUCAUUUUAAAUUUGCUAUUAACAUGCUUGGUAUAUAAUUAUAUACUACUGCUACAAUAUAAUUAUACUAAAUGUGUUUGGUAUACUACUGGUAUUUACUACUAAAUAUGCUUGGUUUUCUACUAUGUGUAUAAAUUCUUUCAGUUUCAAUUGGGCAGCCAAUAUGUGCCUAAAUAAAUCAAGAAUUCACUUAAAUAUUAAGUGAUUUAUUGUAUGACAAUUGUUUAGCAAGAAAUUUUAUGUCAUCUGUAUAACUGAAGAUUCUGAAUUAUUUCUCUGCACUAAUAUAACAGUUACUGGAAGAACUGGUAAUUGACUGUAAUAAUUAUCAAAUAUAUUAAAGCAACGCAACAACUUAAAGCAUUUUCUGUUAAUAAUAGUCACAGCCAUUCUGUUGGAUGUUGUGAUUUAGUUGAUUCAUAUUGUACACAACAAUAUAGUGUGUGGUAGAGCAAAUAUAAGUAAGCACUAUGAUGAAUACCAUAAUAAGUGAAGCAAAGAUAAUUCUCAUAAGAAUACAAUGGAGUAGAAAUCCUGAUUUCUAAAUCUCUGUUAGCUGUGUUCAUAUAUAUUUAUUUACAAACUCCUAACUUAGCUUCACAGUAAUAUAGUAUUGCUUGAGAAAUAUUAAAUUCAAUUGGGUCUGAGAUUACAUACAAGUCAAAGAAAACACCUAUAUGAUAUUCACAUCAAAAUGAAUUGGACUGCAGUGCUUAUUUGGAGUCACAUAACUUGUGGAUUGUAAUUAUAUUUCAUUCUCUUUCAAUUUAAUUCAAAAAAUAUUUACAUUCAGAGUCUUACUGUGGAUGCUAUGUUAUUGUUUUGUUUCUUCGAUGAAAUUCUCAAAAGUGUCAUAAAUGUUCCUAGGCAACUCUUGGUCAGUUCCACCUUCAAUGACACACUCUAUGUUUACAUGGGCAAGAGAUUAAAAAAAAUCUCCAUAUGUCAUGAAUGAAUUGGUAUUUUUGAGAUGUGUAUCACAUAUGUGUUUUACUAUGCCUAAUUUUUAUUACCAUCACGUAUGUAACACUGAUGUUUCUUUUACUUAGAGUUAUUAUAAAUUUACCAUAGGCUGGAUUAUGUUAAUUCUGAGCAUGUAAUGAAUUUCAAAAAAAUAUUUAUGUAUUUUUUUAAAAGACUUAUGUUGCCACCCUUCUUAUGAAACACUAUUAUCAUCACAACAAUCAGGAAAAAACAAAACUGAUAACACCAAAGCCUGGUUUCUCAACCACCAUUCUUAAUACAACAAAAAAUACAAUCCCUGAGCACCAUCUUCACUCUGUCCCAGCACUUGAGGGAAGAGCCAGCUCUUUAUGGCAUUUCACUCAGCAUUGUACAAAAGUGGUAUACAGAAGAGACUGUUGAUAGAUCAGUUGUCUUCCUGAACUGUGCAAGUAAUAAUGUACUUAAGUUAGAUUUCAAGUUGCCCACUAUAUGAGUUGGUGGAGAGGAGAAUUUUUCCCUUCUCAGGCUUUUGAACUAAGAUAUGUAGUUGAAUAUUUUUUUCAAAAAGCAGCACUAGAGGCUUUGGGAGUUCAGAAAAAGCCAUGACACUUUUGUAUACAACUUUGGAUUUGGCAUCCAAGGACUUACUUUAAAAUGUGUUUUUUAAAAAUGUGACUCCAUAAUUGAUGCAUGUGUGCUUUAGAAAGUUACUACAGGUAGUUCAUUUAGUGACCGUCUGAAGUUACAAACCACACUGAAAACAGUGCCUUCGAACCAAUUUUCACUCUUAUGAAAAGCAGCCCCAUGGUCAUGUGAUCAAAAUUCAGAUGCUUGGCAACUGACUCUCAUUUAUGACCGUUGCAGUGUCCUGGGGUCACGUGAUCACCUUUUGCAAACCUUCUGACAAGCAAAGUUAACAAAUGCAGUGACUCACUUAACAACUGUCGCAAGAAAGAUCAUAAAAUGGGGCAAAAUUGACUUAACAAAUGUCUCACUUAGCAACAAAAAUGUGGUCAUAAGUUGAGAACUACCUGUAUUGACACCAUAUAAAGAACAAGCUUUUCAUAAUAUUAAGGCAGAAUUUCAAAAGUCACAACGGUUGAAAAAUAUACAAAUACUUAAUUAAGUCUUACAAAAUUGAAUGCAGCUUGCUUUUGAGUAAACCUGUAUAUUUUUGUCUAAAAAUUUUCUAUGUGAAUUUGCUUCAGGGAAAAAUCUUGAUGGAAAAAGGUUUUGCAGAGUAAAAGCAGCCUUUUUUUUCUACAUGGAAGUAAAUCAAGCUUCAGUGAUGAGGGCAAGGGAGAGAUACCAAGAAAGGAAGAAUAUGAUAUAAAAUAAUUUUAAAGAUAAUAUGUGGUAAUUUGCCAUUUUAGCAUAUUUUAUAAGAUAAUUUUUCUAUUGAAUGGAUCUGGUUUUUAAAAAUAAAUUACGAUUCUCAAUAUCUACUGUUGAUGUUUUGGAUUUUUUUUUAAAAAAAACCAGUUGCUGUCUAUAGGCUAUGCAAAUACAGAUAAGUGAACUGUUCAGGAAAAAGUUUUCCUCAGUCUUCAGAAAUGUUUUUUUAUUUGUUGGUUGCUUUUCCUCAACCAAACUGAGAAAAAAAACCCUGUUUGAAUAGGCUGUUUUACAAGAUUUACUCAUUUUCAGGUGCCUAAUAUAGCUGCUAGCAUGCAUGCACAACAAUACAAUUUGUAUGGUAAAUGGAAUCAAAUAAUGCCUUCGCUGAAUGUUAUGGCUGCACUGAAGAGAAAUGUCACGGUAAAUAGCUGCCAAAUUAUGGAUCAUACCGAAGUGUCACAACUGCACUAAAGACAAAUGGGGCUGGAGGCUAUUGCCACCGGGACGCUUUUGAGUUAUGGAGAAGAAGCACAGCCUUGAUGUGAGGCUCUUUGUGUCGUCAUUAUAGCAAAGGGUUACUGGUGCAGUGUUCAAGAAAGUCUAGACCAAUGGAAGGGCUGGUUAUUAAUCUGUCUGUUUCUAAUCUAUCAGCUGUAGAACAGACCGCCUUCAAAACACGUGAACACGCCUAGCAGGAAAGAGAUAAAGACACUAAACACUGCAGGUCUUAUUAACAUAAAUAGGAAUGGAAAAGGACAGGCAAUGGCCAAAUGUUGAAUGCUAUAAUCAAAUAAAAUAUACGUACCGUGACGUUUAACAUCCUACUACACAUUUGAAAAGUUUACUUGCUUGUGACUUGGAUAUAUAUAUGUACGGAAUAAAGAUGUAAUCCAUUUCCCCCCCCCCUUUGUAAAGAGUUGAAUAGUCCCGGUUUCAUUCAUUCAUUUUAAUGGAAGGGUAAUAAAGAUGAAAGACUUAACAUUUUAACUGAUGCACUCCUUAAGUGAAUGAAGAGAAAUUUAUUAUGUUUUGCAUGGCAAUGAUAAAUUCUGAAAGUGACUGUGUGUUUCGGAUGCUAUAAAAGCCCCAUGUUAAAGGGGGGGGAAGCAUAGAAUUAAAGCAGAAAAGGCCCACCCGCCUCUUUUUUUUGUAAUCUUGAACGGAUUGCAUUAUUUUUGCUUAUCCUUAGAAACUAGACAUUUCUCAGGCAUGAAAAGGUCUUUUUCUUUAAAAAACGAUUUACCCCGAUACAAGAUCUUUACUACCAUACUUGAAGACAUUUUCAGAUUUAGCAACCUACACAUAUAUUUUAAAAGUGAUUGUAUGUGUAUGUAGGAUAUGUUUUUAAAAUACAUUUUAAGUAAUUACUAUAAUAUUCUAAACAUGAAUGAAUGCUGUAGCGCAACUGUAAGUCCUCAUUUUUAGAGAAAAGGUUUGGCCCAAAAAUUGUGGAUGAAUCACCACUAUUCUACAGAAAAUGGCAUUCUUUCCAUAUUAUCCUUAAGGUCAGUGGGAGUGCAGGGUUAUGGGCAGGUUGCACACUAGUUAAAUUUUACGCACUCUUAAAUACGUGCUACGUUUUCCAUGUUAUGAAUAAACAGAAUUCUUCACUAUUUCUCUUACUUUAUUUUUAGCUCAGUACUGAUAAAUUUGCCUCUUAUUUUACAUUCUAGUGUGUGUGAGCUAUACAAUAAUUAUUAUUAUACCUUAACACUUUGAAGCUUUUUUUUAGCACAGUAAGCAGUUCGAUUUUGGACAAUGUAACAGGUUUUAACAGGCAAAAUGACAAGCCUUAUUUAAAAUGUCUGCUUUGUCAUCUGAUACAAAAUUCUAUCAAAACCCAACUAGAAUGUCUUGAAAUAGUUAUUAGUUACCCAAAAUUAAUGUUUAUACCACAA